AUGGGAGCUGAAGUCAAGCCUGCUUUGCAGGUGAUUGUAUUGGGCUCAGGAGGUGGUCCUCAAGAAUCAAACACCACUGCUUUCCUAGUCCGAUCUGUUGCCCAAAAAUGGCAUCGUGGCUCUAUCGUCGCUGUCGAUGCUGGCGUCCAUCUCUCUGCCAUCACACGUAUCAUGGAAGAAUCGAUACCUUCUCCGCCACCUCCUCCUCCCUUCACACUCACCACAGGCCCCUUCGCAGGUCUUGAGCUACCUUACUCGUCACCUUCUGCUAAUGCAUCUCACAUCACUCGCUCUCUUGUCGACACAUAUCUCAUCACUCACCCUCACCUUGAUCACAUCUCUGGCUUUGUAGUCAAUACUGCUGGCUUCCCAGGCACAAGGCCAAAGAAACUGGCUGCUCUACCAAGCACAAUCCAAGCUUUCAAGAAUCAUAUCUUCAAUAAUGUGAUAUGGCCAAACCUGAGUGAUGAGAACAACGGAGCUGGUUUGGUGACUUAUAUGCGAUUGGUUGAAGGUGGUAGUCCGACACUCGGCGACGGUGAAAGUAGGGGUUACAUCGAAGUUGCAGACGGACUCCUUAUCAAGGUUUGGGUUGUAAGCCAUGGGCAUUGCCUCGAGAAGCAUAGCCACAGGGGCUCAACAUCAAGUGCAUCUACUCGCUUCAGCAGUCAUGAUGCAUCCAUGCCACAGGGCCCCAUCGCGCGCUCAGCAUCUUACUACCCAGGAUCUAUCUCCCUACAUCGAGGGUCACUCAUGAUCCCCCAAAACAGCUUCAGCCCUGUAACCAAUGCAUCGGAACAGGAGCAAAUUUGCGUCUACAACUCAAGCGCCUACUUCAUCCAGGACCCCACCACUCACCGCGAAGUCCUAAUUUUCGGGGACGUUGAGCCUGAUAGUAUAUCGCUAAGCCCGCGGAAUCUGCAUAUUUGGCAACAAGCUGCCCCAAAGAUCGCCGCUGGUAACCUCAAGGCUAUCUUCAUCGAGUGCAGCUACGACGAGUCGCAGGCCGAGGAUCGUCUUUACGGGCACCUGAAGCCCCGUUAUGUCAUCGAGGAGCUGCGUGCCCUGGCUCAUGAGGUCGAAGUCGAACGCAAGUCGCAUUAUUCCGAACCUAAGAAGCGCAAGCGCAUGGGCAGCACGACUGACGAGACUCCACGACGAAAUCCUUCUAUCGCGAAUCUCACCUCUGAAGACCCCGUGUCUCCCAGAACCAUCAAGGCUUCGACACCGGAUUACGUUCACCCUGGUAUUGAAACACCUCCUACACCGCACCUUGCUUCGCCGACCGCUGAGUUGACGCUCAACCCAUCUGAUUCCUUCACAUCUGUGCCCAAGAUAAAACGGCCCCUCGAAGGUCUCAAGGUUGUCAUCAUCCAUGUCAAGGAUCGACUGGAUGAUGGACCCAACGUUGGAAACACUAUUCUGAAGCAGCUGCACAAUUUUGAGAGUGAAACUGAGUCACCCUUGGGAUGCGAAUUUAUCAUCUCUCAUUCUGGUCAGAGCAUCUAUCUCUAA